AUGGGUGAUGUGAACGAUCUACCAAGUCUGAAUAAAGUCAUAGAGGUUGACCUGGACUCAGACCCAAUCUCAAUCUCAGACCAAUCUAUAGAUAUAGAGUUUUCUUCGGCCAACAAAAGUAAACUCAAUUCUCCCGUAAUAAUGGCCGACCCGGAGGUAUGCUUUCCACAUAGGUUUGAGUUCAACUACUCUGAACCUGUUCGUUAUCACGUGUACCAUACUUCCUCAAGAUCAUUCAACUUAGAAGAGGAACUCAAUGAUUGCAGGCCUAAGCAUCUAUCCAUCGCAGAAGAAGCAGCAUAUCAAGACGGAAGUUCCUGUGAAAGCUCAAAGCGGCCAUUCCCAGAUGUAGUGCCUUGUGAUGUUUAUGCCUCUCCUCACUUCCAGGGUAAAAGGUCAAUCUGGAAAAAGCUGAGAAAACUUCUUCGAAAGAAGGAAAACUCCAAGAUCCAUGUACUCAACCAAUACAAGUUCCCGCUGAUUACGCCCGAGUAUGACGAAAGUGCUUGCAAAACAGUCACAUUUGACCCAGAUGUAAUAGUGAGGGAAACUUGGUCAACCAAUAAUUAUACCCGUGUCGACCCUAUGUUAAGGGAAAAAUUGGCAGAUAUUAUGAAUUCACCGGAGCAGAUUGAACAGAUACAAAAUGAGCUGAACGAACUAAAGAAUGAGAUGAACAUCCACAUUCAGAGUAGAUAUAAUACUCAAUAUUUUGAUAAAGAGAGCAGGCUCAUAUAA